CCAAUAAGGUCCGUUUCCCCAAUUUACUCUCUUCCCGCUUUCUGACCUUUUCCCGCUUUCUCCUUCCCGGCGUCGCUCCCUCCGUCGAAUUCCUCCAGUUCGUCCCGCUCCGGCCGCAAUUACUCCCUGCUUCGGAGCAUGGUCAGAUUCCGGCUUCAUUCUGCGCAGGAGAAUCUCGCUCGCUGAGACGUCGGUCAGCUUAAUGCUGAGCCUAUCUUUCGUUUUCCAUGGCAAAAUUUUCAGCUUUCCUACUCUGUAUGGAGUUUUCAGAACUAGGGUUUGAGCCCGAUGGGCUCGAUUACGUUUCUUAGGCCGAGAGCUUAACCUUAGAGUUUUGGCAUUGGGAGGCGAAUUUGGGGAGCGGAGUGAACAAGGGGACUUUCGAUCAUGGCCAGCGACAAGGCCGAUUCAUCGGCUAAGGCUCCAAAAACAGUAGCGGCUCAGGAGCAACCUCCCAUGGCUAGCUCUGUUGUGGCUCCGUCCGUUUAUCCGGAUUGGUCUGGUUAUCAGUCAUAUCCACCUAUUCCACCACAUGGAUUGUUCCACUCCCCUGCUGGAUCAAGUCCUUAUGCUCAUCCGUAUAUGUGGGGAGUUCAGCAUCUUAUGCCACCUUACGGGAGUCUGCCACCUUAUGGGAGUCCACCACCUCCUUAUGUCAUGUAUCCUCCUAGAGGAUUAUAUGCUCAUCCUUCAAUCCCUCCGGGAUCAUAUCCAUUUGGUUCCUAUGCCAUGACCAAUCCUAGCAUCAAUGCUGGGACUUCUGGGACUCCUCUAGGUGGUAUGGAAAUGGAUGACAAGCCAUCUAAAAGGAAUAAAAGAGACCUCAUGAAUUGCUCUGGUAGUUCAAAUAUACUUCCAGGUAAGGACAAUACUGGGCCAUAUAAAGCAUCAGGGACAUCAACAACUGAAGUUUCCCAAAGUGGUAAUAGUGCAAGCGAUAGUUCAAGCAAAGAAAGCGAUGCCAAUUCUGAAAGUGGCUCGCUGCCAAAAAGUUCUGGACAUGAAUCUUUUGAUGCAUCCUCACUAGCAAUGACGAACCGAGGCAUGGAGAUGAUACCCAUCCCUACAGCAUCUACACCCGGAGGAGUUGGCUGUGCCACCACAAACUUAAACAUGGGGAUGGAAUAUUGGGGCACUCCAAGCUUAGCUUCGCCGAUCCCCACAAUGCAGGGUAAGAUGGCAGUGAACAAAAUUGGAGCUGGACUACCAGGUUCAUCAGAACAUUGGGAUGAAAGAGAGCGUAAGAGACAGAGAAGAAAACAAUCGAACAGAGAAGCAGCCCGCAGAUCUCGAAUGCGCAAGCAGACAGAAUAUGAAGAGCUAGCGCAUCGUGCUGAGAAUUUGAAAGAGGAAAAUACUUCCUUAAGAAUUGAGUUGGACAACGUUAAGUCCGAGUAUCAACAACUUAUUUCCAAGUACAACUCUCUCAAGGAGAAACUUGAAGUACAAAAAGAAAUCAAGGAACCAGAUACUGAAAGGAAUGAGCAAUGAAACUUCGGAUCUGAUCCACAACCAAGGAAAACAGUAUUGAGUGGGGAGCAGCAGACAUGCUACCUUAGAGUCGAUAGAUUAAUCCUAACAGAUUAUAUAUGAAAGAUUAUAAUUUGUUAUAGUUGAUUUGUGUGACAGUCGGGCAGAUUGUUUUGGCUUUAGUUUCCGCUGGUCAGCAAAUGUCCAAACUUCUCAUUUACCUUCGUGACCUUGGAUGUAACUCUUAACUCUUAGCUCGUAACUCGUAAUGCAUUGAAUUUUAGCUAA